AUGGUGAAUUGGCUUACCAUCGGCACCGACGGUACCGACGGACAGUGUUUUGGAUGGCUACCUUAUGCCAUAGCAAUAAUGCUAACUACCUCAUUCACCAACGGACUUUUCAAAUUUACCGAUGGUGAAUUCAUUUCUCCAUCGGUACCGAUGGACAAUCUCUAUUUACCGAUGGUGAAUUGGCUUACCAUCGGUACCGACGGUACCGACGGACAGUGUUUUGGAUGGCUACGUUAUGCCAUAGCAAUAAUGCUAACCACCUCAUUCACCAACAGACUUUUCAAUUUUACCAACAGUGAAUUCAUUUCUCCAUCGGUACCGAUGGAGAAUCUCUAUUUACCGAUGGUGAAUUGGCUUACCAUCGGUACCGACGGACAGUGUUUUGGAUGGCUACGUUAUGCCAUAGCAAUAAUGCUAACCACCUCAUUCACCAACAGACUUUUCAAUUUUACCGACGGUGAAUUCAUUUCUCCAUCGGUACCGAUGGAGAAUCUCUAUUUACCGAUGGUGAAUUGGCUUACCAUCGGUACUGACGGACAGUGUUUUGGAGGGCUACCUUAG